AUGGGUUCCCUCCCUCACAUUGUCGAAGACUGCAUGGGCGUUCUCCAGCUCUUUAGCGACGGAUCCGUCCAUCGCUGCUCUAUGAAAGACAUAAACUUCCCGUUUCCAGUAGUUCACGACGACUCUGUGGACUUCAAAGACGUCGUUUUCGACAAAAAGCUCAACAUUUCCCUACGUCUGUACAGACCUAAAAGCCACGCGUCGGCCACACCCACCAACCUCCUCCCCGUGGUGUUUUACUUCCACGGGGGCGGUUUCUGUGUCGGCUCGCGGGUGUGGCCCAACUGUCACAACUGCUGCAUCCGCCUCGCGUCCGGGCUUGACGCGCUCGUCGUGGCGCCGGACUACCGGCUCGCCCCCGAGCACAAGCUCCCGGCCGCGUUGGAUGACGCGGUGAGUGCGGUGGAGUGGCUGCAGAGGGAGGCUUUGAUGAGUGCGGGUAGUAGUGGUGACUGUGAUGCAUGGCUGGGUGGUGGUUUGGUAGACUUUGAUCGGGUUUAUGUGGUGGGUGACUCUUCAGGUGGUAAUAUGGCUCACCAUGUGGCGGUGCGGCUCGGCUCCGGGUCAGUCAAGGCGGCGCCGGUACGGGUGCGGGGGUAUGUUCUUUUGGCACCAUUUUUUGGUGGAGAGGAGAGGACGAAGUCGGAGGAGGGUCCGCCGGAGACAUUUUUGAAUUUGGAGAUACUUGACAGAUUUUGGAGGCUGUCAAUGCCAAAAGGAGAAUCGAGGGAUCAUCCGAUGGUGAACCCAUUUGGACCAAUCAGCCUCAGCCUUAAGGAGGUGGAUCUUGAUCCCAUCUUGGUUAUGGUGGGUGGAAAUGAAAUGCUGAAAGAUAGGGUGGAAAUAUACUCGAGGAGGCUGAAAGAGUUGGGAAAGGAGAUUGAGUACGUGGAAUUUGAUGGACAACAACAUGGCUUUCUCACAAAUGAUCCAUACUCAGAAGUUGCAAAUGAAGCCCUUCAAGUUAUUAAGAGAUUUAUGAUUGAAAACUCCAACUAAAACAUCGGUCAUCAUCAUCAACAUCUUAGUGUAUUUUCCACUUAUAUGAAAUUUUUGUUUCUUCCUUUUUGAGUGUUUGAAGUUUUGUAAGUUUGUAGUGUACAAGAACUUAGAGAUAUUGUUUGUCCUUGUGCACCUAUUAGUUCUACGCACGUUAGUCCUUGUGCACUUAUUAGUUCUACGUACUAUAUCGUGAUGAUAAUCCUCUUGUAAUUUGGUCUGCGUUUGAAAAUCAGAGUAGUGAUCAUAUAU